GGAUCGAGUUGUUUCUUCGCGGCAUCGUUGUCGUUCUCGUCAUCAGAGCUAGGGUUAGGGUUUCCAUCGCGAAGAUGUGGCACGAGGCUCGGAGAUCGGAGCGCAAGGUUCAUGAUCUCAUGGAUGCCGCGCGGCGCCGUGCGCAGCGCCGUGCUGUCUACCUCGCUCGCCGCCGUGGUGAUCCCCAACAGUCGCUCCAGGUUGUCGGUACUCGUUGCCGCACCCACCGCGAUGAUGGCCUCUACCAAGCAGCUCAGGAUCAGCAGGGCUUGAUCCCCUGGAAUGGAAAACAGGAUAUAUUGAUCGACAGAUUUGAUGGUCGUGCUCUUCUUGAUUUUAUCAGAGAUUCUGAGUCCCGGCCUUUCAGGGCACGAGAAAAGACUGAGGAAGAAGAAGAAUUAGAAGAGUUUGUUAAUUUUGAGCGUUACCGGGAUUUAAUUAAGCAUCAGCGCAGAGGAUUUACUGAUGAAGAAGCUAUGCAAAAUGUUUCCCAGGAAUUGGAGGCGAAGUCUGUUGCUCCUUUUGUAUUGGAGAGAACACAGUCAUCACAGACGCAAGCAAGUAAAGGUUCAUACUCACAGGUAGGUUUUUCCUACAAAGGAGAUGGCAAUGAGGAAUCACAUAUCUCAGAUAGUGAUGAGGAGGAGGAAGAAGAAGAAGAUGAUGAAAAAGACUUUAGUAGCGAUGAUAGCAAUGAUGAAGGAAUGGAAAUAAUUGCCAAAGAUUUUGGUAUAAAAAGGUACAAUUGGCUUGUUUAUAUGGACAAAAAGGCCAAGGAGGAAGAGAAACGACAAAAAGAAAUAAUCAGAGGGGAUCCCGCAAUUAAAAAACUAAGCCGCAAGGAAAGAAGGAAGGCUUCUCAGAUGGAAAGGGGGAGAGAGAGGGAAGCUGCAUUAACUACAGGAAGGCCACUUCGGCGUGAUCCUUACAGGGAGCCACGCCAAAGUCCCACAUAUGAAGCUUAUCCUCGAUCCAGAAGGUCUAGGUCUCGCUCACAUUCUCCAUACUCAAGGAGACAUGAUCGUGGUCUACAUUCUGAUAGCACACUCCGAAGCAAAUCAAAGACUCCCAAAAUUGAGUAUAUUACUGAAUUUGGGAGUUCGACUGACAUGGGUGAACCCAAACUGGAAGGAAUCUCCCCGCCAUCAUCUCCAUUGCAAGCGGGUCUUCUGAACCGGCCAUCUAGUGAGCGAAUCCUUGAGGCACUCCAUGUUGAUCCCGCAUCUGCUCUGUCAGUUGAACAAGAGAAAAAUAAAAUGCCGAAGCCAUUUGUGAGCACCUCAUCGGCGAUGGCAAAGCUUAGCAAGGCUGCUCCUGGUGGGUCCUUAAAGACCCCGCAGUCUGAGAAGAAGGAAACACCCCAAGAGCGGCUGAAAAGGAUUAUGAGUAAACAACUGAACAAGCAAAUUCGCAAAGAUUCUGCUGUUGAGAUGGCUAAGAAGAAGGAGCAAGAACGUCAAAGGCGGGAAAAGAUCACAGAGGCAAGUAGGACAUCUCGGUACAGGCGCCACAGCCAUAGUAGCAGCAGAAGCCCUUCGCCACCAAGAAGGUACCAUGACAGCAGAAGUCGGAGCAGGAGCCCUCGGAGGCAUCGUUCCCGAUCCAAGUCCUAUUCACAGUCCCCUCCAAGGACAAGAAGCAGAACCAGGUAUUGAAUAUGUAAAGAGCUGCUGCUAUAUAGAUUUUGAAGACGGUGAAGGGGGCGGUGAGGAAUGUCACGUGCGGGGUGGCCUCCUCUCUCUCUUUCGGUCUAAUAACUAUUGCUUUCUCUCUCGUUGCCUAUAUUUUGUUUAGCAUCUAGGACCUAUUCAUAGGGGGUGGCUUUAUGUAUCGAACAUUGAAUGUGUAUAGUUAGGGUUUUGUUUUUGAUGGAAAAAUGAUGGUGGAUAAAAUGGAUUUUUAUUUUUAUUUUA